UUUCAGAUGGAAAAUGUCUUCAAGGGCCCUGAAGAAACUGCAUGGUUCUGAUGAGCUGUCGAUAGCGGGGCUUGUAGAUGUUGAAAGUGACUGUGAGGACGAGUUGGAUCCAUUACAGAUUCCAGCGGAAUGUUCACAAGAUGGCGCUACUGAUUCAAGACAUGUGCUGAAUCGAUUUGAGCUGUUGAAUGAUAUAGAUGAUGAUGAUGCUGACUCCUCUAAAAGUGAACCGGAUGUCGAUCUUGCUGAGAAACAAAGUCAAGCAAAGGUCACUGCUGUAAAAGAUGCAGCUCAAACCAAACCGAAAUCUAAGAAAAAGAAGAAGAAAAAGAAGAAUCACAAAGAGAGCUCAAGUCUUGAAUCAAAACUAGAAAAUGAAGACGAGGUUGAUGCUAGCAUUCGGCAAGUUCAGGAAAUUCUUGGGGCAAGUGACAUGUCGUUAGAGAUGCCAUUGACUUUCAUCGGUGAUCUCCAUGUGACCAAAGAAAUGCGAUCACUUCUGACUGUUGAACACAGAUAUUUAAAUCCUGAUAGUGAAAUGAAAAGAAAAUUUGGGGCUAAAGUUGUUCAAACUGAUAAAAGCAAAAGGAGAAACAGGAGGUUUCAGCGCACAUCUUGGCUAGCAAGGCCAAAAGACUCAUGGCCACAAUUUUCAAAAUCAGGUCUGUCUAUGCAGUUGCUGGAUACAAAACAAGGGGCACAGUACUUUACAUUCAUACAUAGCAAGGAUUACCAAACUGCACAAUUUCAGUUCUACGAUGCUGUUGAAUCUCACCAGCCAGACAAUAUAGUGCAAGUGUUGAAUCUGCAGCCAUACCACCUAGAUGCAUUGCUGCAGCUCAGCGAGGUUUUUAAGAUUAAUGAAGAUAUACAGAUGGCAGCUGAGUUACUUGAGAGAGCUCUAUUCUGCUGUGAGAAUGCUUUUCAUCCAGUGUUUAAUAUCACCCAAGGGAACUGUAGAUUGGAUUAUAGGCGGCCAGAGAAUAGGUCAUUCUAUAUUGCAAUCUUCAAACACAUUCUGUUUGUUGGGCAAAGAGGCUGCUACAGAACGGCACUCGAAUUUUGCAAGCUACUGCUGAGCCUGGAUCCCGAUGGUGACCCACUCUGUGUGUUACUCAUGAUCGACUACUAUGCAGUCAAGUCGGAGCAGUAUGAGUACUUGAUACGCAUGUACAUGGAGUGGGAGGCACACAGAAAUCUUUCUCAGCUACCAAAUUUUGCCUUUUCUGUACCGCUUGCCACUUUCUAUCAAAGGUUGCUGGAAGGUAAAACUACCCAUGAUGCCGAUGAAAUGCUUCAAGAAGCUCUCUUACAGUUUCCAGCUCUCUUGAUGCCUCUUCUGAACAAAUGCAAUGUUGUCCCUGACACAGAUGUAACGAGGCAUGAGCUGUUUGGGCUAAAAUCUGAAGCUAGUGAUCCAGAGGCACUGCGGCAGUUGUUGUCACUGUACGUCGGACGCAGCCACGGCCUAUGGAAGGAUGCUGCUGUUGUGACGUGGCUGGAGAACAACGUGCGAUCGGUGAUGGCUAGAGCCAGCAGUAACGACUCGCUCGUCCGUGACUACCGACAGAAGAAACAGAGCAGAUACAGAGGAACUCCUAGAAACAUCUUGCGACAUAUGCUCAUGUCAGAGAUACCUGAUGCAACUGCUUCUCUGCCCAGGGAUAUGGCAAACACGCCAUUCAUGUCAUAUGAUCCCCUUCCGCCAACUGAUAGUAUUGUGUCGUACAAACGACCAGCCAGAGAUCCAAAACCAGAGGAGGGCUAUGGAUCACUUGGCAUGUUUUUUCGCUCUAUGCUGCCAAAUUUCAAUGCAGAAGAUCUGGUACCUGCACAUGGAGAGGUGGCUGAGGCAGCUGGUGCAGCUGGGGGACUGCAGGGGCAACAGGAACUGAGACAGGGUUUCGGAAACCUUAUGCAUGCCCUGCGAGAUCUGCUGAACCAGAUACAACCGGUGCCGCCACCUGCAACUGAACAAGCGAACGGCACUGAGGAUGGCGAUAGCAAUGAUGAAUGGAACGAUUAGAUAUACUGAAUCUUCGUUAAAAAUUAAUUAGAUUUUAUUUCUUAUUUGCUGGUAAUGUGAGAUGCAUUGUGCAUAACAAGGUAUAUGUCAUUACCCAUGUUAAAUGAAACAAACCAAAAUUACUUGCUAAUUUUACAUUGAAAUUGUGUAGGAAUUUAUGCAGGGUGGCACAUUUAGUGAUAUUUCCAUAGGAAAAGUAAUACUGUUUUUACUCUGCAAAUCAGCCCACAUAAUUUUAAUUCAAGUACGAAGAUUGUGGCAUUUUGGAGGCUUAGAAAUAUUGCAAGUUUACAAAUGAAUUAGAUUAUCAACUAAAUUUGCCCCUAUAUUAU